AUGUCUAAUGUUAACAUUCUUAAUCCCUCCUACUCAAUGUAACGUUGUCCACUUUUUUCUUUAAGGACAAAAUAACACACACACACAAAGAUAUUCUAAAAUUCCAAUAGUACCCUCAUGAUUUGUACCUAUAAAUAUACCUUCCCCACUUCUCAUUUUCAUCACAACAAAACCAAACUCCAAUUCACUACCAAUCAUCAAAGCUUUCAUAUUUCAAUCCUUUUUCUUCAAUUCCAAAUUCAAUUCCAAUUAUCAAAUGGAGAGAUUGAACAAAUUGGUGUCCAAAAAGCCCUUGGUCAUCUUUAGCAUGACCACAUGUUGCAUGAGCCACACAAUCAAGUCCCUAUUCUACGACUUCGGUGUCAACCCAACGAUCUACGAGCUCGACGAAAUUGCAAACGGACGUGAAAUCGAGCAAGCCCUAUCUCGGCUCGGCUGUAACCCUACAAUGAUGCCUGCAGUGUUCAUCGGUGGCGAAUUUGUCGGUGGAGCAAACGAGAUUAUGAGCCUCCACCUCAAGAGGUCCUUGAAGCCCAUGCUCAAAAAUGCCGGUGCAUUAUGGGUUUAAUAACAUAUAUACGAGUGUGUGUCCGACAAAAUCGAUAAAUAUUGCAGUUUUAUUGCGUAUAUGAUCGUUUAAAUGUCGGAUUAUAAAGUCACUAGAGUUAUAUAUAUAUAUAGGGAGAGAGAUAGUGAGCCUAUGUGCUCCAAGUUUUCCUAACUAUACUACUAAUUAUCACUAAAUAAUGUGUACUUCAACCUUUUUUUAUUGAAGUGAAGUUGCACUUCUAUGUUUUUGAGUUAUAUAUAAAGUUGAGUUUAA